AUGCCAGCACUGCUAGCCAGCCUUCUGUUGUUGAUCCUCUCACAAACACUGACUGUGUCCCAGCUCAUGAUGGAUAUGGCUCUGCAUGCCUUUGAUGACCAGUAUCUGGGGUGCAGAGAGCAGGUGAUGGAAGAACUGGAGCAAGGAGACUAUUUCCAAAAGGAGAUAGCUGCUAACAAGGACUAUUUGAGUCUCUGGAAGAAGGCUCAGAAGGCUUUGUUAAAGAGCCCUGUGGGUCUCCUGAGGGAGAUGCAGGAGAGCCAUGCCACAGUCCUCAUGGCUUACACUAUGAACUCUUCCCUGCACUCUCAUCUGAACUUGGCCACAUCUACAGCAGGAAGCUCUCCAGAGCACUACAGACACAACUUCAGCUUCAAAUAUUUUCACUUCUACCUAACGACUGCUAUCCAGAUACUGAAGCAAUGGCAGAGCAGCACGGAGAGCAGGGGGCAGCCCGAGUGCCAGCGGGUGUACAGGGGCAUGCAGCACAGCCGUGUCGAGGCGGUGGCAGGCAGCCGGGUGCGAUUUGGCCGCUUCACUUCCACCUCCCGCCUCUGGAAUGAAGCCCAGAAGUUUGGGAACGAAACUUUGUUCACAGUGACCACAUGCCUGGGAGCAGCUGUGCAAGGCUUUUCUUACCACCCAUCUGAGAAGGAGGUCCUUAUCCCACCGUAUGAGAUGUUCCUUGUCCAAAGCUUCUCUCGGACACGGGGAGGUCACCGGGUGCAUCUGCACUCUGUGGGCAGCUACAGCAAGUACCACUGCCAGCUCCUGGCAGCUUCAAGAGCGAAGAACAGUGCUUCUGCUGCCCUCGCCUCUGCAGUUCUUCCUGCUGUAGCUGGAGUUUUCCUAGGCUUGGCCCACAGUGACUGA